CUGCUGAAAUGGAUCAAUCGUAUUAGUAUUUAGCGAAUAACGACAAUCAAUUUCAUCUUACGCUGAACUGUUUUGUCAACUUUAAUAACAAUGGAAAGUUCCUACAAUGUACCACAAUGUUGCUCGAGUUUACGGACAAUUAGAACAUUUGUUAUGAUCACGACAAUCCUGGUCAGCGUGACUGCUGAUUUAGGGUUGAGUCAGAACUUAAGGAACUCAUCGGAUGAAUAUACUGACUGGAAUAUAAAGAAAUGUUUUCAAAAUCACACACUGGAUUUGGUAUUUCUGGUUGAGUCUAGAGUUUUAACUCAAAACGAAACCAAACAUUCUGCGAAGCAUUUUAUAUUGGAUGUUGUAAGAACAUUAACGUCGGACGGCCAAAACACGAGAAUCAGCCUCCUUAGCUAUAAUCGAAAGGUCGAAGUUAAAUUCGGUUUUGUCGAAAACAUAAGCGAGAACGAUAUCACUCAAGCGCUGGACGAUGUCAGUGCCAAAGACCAAACAGAAAUCAGUUUAUUACGAAGAGCAUUGCGACAUACGAAAAACGUUUUUUUCGGCAUGCGCAAGCGACCGGGAAUCAAAAGAAGAGACACUCCGUUUGCUUUGGUCGUUUUAACCGACCGCCAAUCACGUGACCCACCAUCCUCUCCCGCCGCCAACAUCCGAAGGAAAGGAGGUAGAAUCCUUGUUGUAGGAUUCGGAGGAAACCAUUCUAAUCAGCUUGGUAGUGUGGCUUCUAUGCCGCUAUACGAUAACUUAUUCGUUUUUCAAUCGUUCUCCGAUCUCCAAGCAUCUGGCCCGAAUACGAUUGCAUCCGCUCUUUGCAACCAAGUUAACAACAACCUCGUUGCAUCGAAUCACGAAGGCCUCAGAAAAUCGUCCGAAAAUAAUUUAAGUAGGCAACGAAUCGAUGUUUUCCGAGUGGAGUCGACGCCCAACUCCCUUACCUUGCACUGGAGACCGCUGGAGCCGCCAGCGUCUUUCUAUACACUGGCUAUUGUACCACACCACGAAGGGAAGGGCAUAUGAACGACCGGGAAACCUCACCACCACUAUACUGGGUCUCAGACCAUCGACGAUUUACAGGAUUUCGAUCCGACCGUGGCAUGGAAAUGUGGCAGGACAACAAACAAUCAUCGUACAUAACACGGCACCAUUACCACCUACAAACGUUACCAUGAACGUGAUUAAAGCCGAUGCUUGCGACUAUCAACGUAUGCUACAGUUAAAAUAUGAAGCACAGCCCGCCAUAUUGAUCCCACAAGUCCAUUGCGUUUCCGGUUUUCAGAUUUCUAUGUUGAUUGUUAACUGGCACAGGGAUUAUGAACUGAAUUCCUAUAGAAUCACUGUAUCACCGAACAUUCCAUCGCUUUCCUAUCUCGGUCGGAAAUCUUCUCAACAGAUAUUUGUCAACCCGACAGCCGGGGUAAACUACACCGUCCAAAUCACCAGUCAGGCUCCAAGGCUCAUGACCAGCGAGCCAGUCGUGUCAUCUUUCGUCGCAAAUCCGAUGCCACCGAGUCAACUGUCGGUCAAAGAAAUAAACGACAGUAGCUUCUCUUUGACAUGGCGUUCUCCAAACACUGGCGUGUACGACUCAUUUCGAAUCAUUCUUGUUUCUUCAAUCGAACGCCGUGUGAUCGACUUUGUUCCGACAAACAUCACACAACCGAACGCAUUCUACACUUACGUGCUCAGUCACAUUUCGCCCAAUACGCUUUACCACAUUAAAGUUUUCUCGAUGAGUCUCGGAGCGUCCAGCACAUCUUCAGUGAAUUCUACAUACUUCAGAAGAGCGACGCCUUUGUACGGAAACAUGGACCAAAACUUGCGUGAAUCAGUCAUUCUCUCAACGUCCGAAGGCAUAUUUUCCUACCCGCAUGUCGGUGAACAAAUGACGAUAAACCAAUCAUCUAUUCAGGUCGUACUUAGAGCGCCAGGUGGUGUGGUCAACGCUGUGCAUCACCGAAGCUACGAUCGUGGUCGAGAAAGGGACAACAGAUCAAAUACAUCCGGGUGGAAACAAGUUGUUGUUUGGAUUGAGAGACAAACAAGCGAAAUUAAAUUGACCUCUUUUGAAAAUCAAAUAACUACAGUUACUCUUGUUAAAGGGUUGCUGCAACCUGUGGGUCUCGCCGUCGACUUUUACGGAGGCAACAUUUACUGGACUGAUAAUGGUAGUAAAAGUAUCGGCGUGGCAAGCACGGAUAUUAAAAGCAUUACCAACGGAAGUUAUCGCGUAAACCGACGACUUGUCUCGGGAUCUGACAUUCACAUACCGAUCAGUAUAACUUUGGACGCAAUUGGAAGACACAUCUUUUGGUCUGAUUUGGUCGGAAGUAUAGACAAAUGCCGAAUGGACGGCACCGACCGUAUAACGCUAGUCAAAGACUCCUUUCUUCGACCUUACGGUCUCACCUACUGCGCCACAUCAGAUAGAUUAUAUUGGGUGGAUUCUGUAAGAAACGUUCUGGAGGUUAUUCGAACUGAUGGACGUGAACGCCACAUCAUUUUACGAAGUCCUGCCACGACCUCACUUGGCCCGUCGUUUUUCACUGUAGUCGGCAAUCGCUUUUUUUGGACAAAUUCAGAAAAAAUUGUGGCUGCGGGUUCUUUCGAAGUGAGGGCCGGAAAAAGUUCCCAGGUUCAAUUUCCUUUGAAUAUCACAGACGUUUCACUCAUGCCAGGCAUCACCGGCAUCAACGCGUUUGACAUAUCAUCGUAUGAGCGAGCUGCACUCAUGUCAACCGACCAGUUAAGUUUCCCCUGCGUAUCAACAUUCUGUGAUGAAGUGUGCAUACCGGUCACCUUACAGCACGCCGUCUGCGUUGGCCAAUGCUUCCCAUGGGAGGUCCUUUGCCCGAACAGUACCAGCAUCUGUGUAAAUACGAACUUACUUUGCGACGGAAUAAACGACUGCGUCGACGGUACAGAUGAAAAUCUACCAGAAUGUGAAAACUUGAGAAAUGCACAGAACUGCAGUACCGGUCCGUCUAACUCAAGCGUUCAGACGUUUCAAUGUCGCAAUUCGACGAAAUGCGUUCCGUAUUCACAUGUUUGUGAUGGAAGGAUCGACUGUCGCGAUGGUUCUGAUGAGGUGGACUGCCCAAUGCAAUCGCAGAAUUGCUCGUUUGAGGGAAAACUUUGUCUUUGGACUCAAGACUCAGACGAUGAUUUUGACUGGACGUUAUGGCACAGACAAACUCUUUCUAAUGGAACUGGUCCCUUUUUGGACCACACCAUGCUAGAAACCAACAGUUCUUAUCUCUAUGCUGAAGCCACAACUCAAAAUCAUGAAGACAAAGCUAGGUUAAGCUCAGUUUGGCUAGCAAGGCCAGUAUGCUUGAAAUUGUAUUACCACAUGCGGGGUGCUUCAGUGGGCAAUUUGUCCAUAUAUAUACGAGAUUAUGAAAGUGGAAAUCUAACAAAGAAAUGGGAGAAGUCUGGAAACCAAGGGAUUUAUUGGAACAUUGCCCGUGUAUCUAUUAAUUAUCAUUCCCUAUACCAGAUAAUCAUUGAAGCAAGCAGAGGAAUAGAUUACCGUGGUGACAUUGCUAUCGAUGAUGUGGAAAUUAACAAUGGACUUUGCAAAGUAGAACAUUCAUGUUCGUUUAAUACAUUUGAUGAUUUGCUCUGUGGAUAUGAACAAGAAGCAGAAGAUUGGAUUUUGUGGUCUGGACCAAGUGAAACUUAUGGGACUGGUCCUUAUCCUGAUGUAGAACACGUGGAAGACAUCACUGAGAAACCAACCGCAAGUCCUGUUGAGCAAAUAGGACCAGAUUGGUUUUACUACGAUUUCAAGAUAGAAGACGACGCUGGCUGUAAUGAGUGUAAUGGAACUAAACUUGUGCGUGAACUCCCAUCUUAUGUUGGUCCAAAACUGGUUGGAAUUGUUCUCUGUAGCACAACUAAGUACAAGAUAUUUCUUGGCUCCACUUUGCGAAGUGUUUUCCGUAACGUUGCAGAUGGUGCAGGUUCCGGAGAAGAUCAUUGUGAACUUAUAGGUUCCAGUGACUUGGCUUACGAAGUGGGAGACCACAGUCAUUGCAGAGGCCUUCUUGGAUUCACAAGGCAUCGGUGGAAUGAACCUCUUCAGCUUGGUCCGUUUGGCCAAGAGCGUCAUUUCUUCUAUUCCCCAUCAUAUUACAAAUGCAAUCUUUACAUUCCACAAUCUGUUAUUGACAUGGAUCCUUUGCACAAAGCACGAAACAUUCCUAACUAUUACUUUUUAUUUGAUGCUUCAAGAUUUUCUGCAAAUCACAAAGCUAAGUUUAUAAUUCCAAUCUCAACUAGUUCUGAUGACCAAGAUAUUCGCAACAAGACCUCAAAUGAAAACCAGAAUCCUUUCUCUAGAUGGUGUUUAAAUUUUAGGUACCACAUGCAUGGAGGUGAUGUUGGAAGCCUUUCAAUUGCUGUGAAUUCAAACAAAGUGAUUUGGACUGCAGAUGGUGACCAAGGAGUUGAAUGGAAAGUUGGUAGGAUAACAAUACCUGCACCAGAUAUAAGAUACGAUUUAACCUUCACUGCAACAGCCACAGGUCCACUUGGUGACAUUGCAUUGGACGAUGUGGUUGUUGAGAAAUUAUCUUGUUUUUUACCACACAUAUAUACUUGUGACUUCAAUACUUCAUUACAAGUAUGCUCCUUUGUGAUUAACACAGAAGUUGAUCGUAUAUUUUUACCCAAACUCUAUGAUCUUCAACCAUUUGAUCCAAUUAUUGUUUCUGAGAGAUCGCAGACUUCUACAGUCUUAACAUAUACUGGUAAUGUAACUGAUUACAGCAGCCAUCCUGUUAUUAAAAGUCCAAUUCUUCCUGCUUUGACUUCAUUUUACCCGGCAUACUGCUUCAGCGUGGAAUACAGGCAAAGAACAGAUGAAGGUGACAUAGGUGUCAUUCUACGAAGUACAAAUUCCAAUCGGAUGAUGAUAUUACAGCAUAUAAUGUUAUCCCCACUCUCUAAAGUACGACCGUGGCUUAUUUUUCAAACUCAAAUCAACUCAAGUAUUGAUGCAGCAUGGAACGACACGUUUACACUAGAGUUCCAUGGUUUGAGGGCUGCCUGGGUGAACAAGGUCACAGUUGAAACGAAACCUUGUGAUGUGAACGUGUGUAACAAUGGUAUAAGAUGUGGCAACAAUCUAUGUGUCAUGUCACAACAACUCUGUGAUGGGGUGAACAACUGUGGAGAUUGGUCUGAUGAAAUUGGUUGUACUUCCCACUGUGGUACAGUUGCUGAUGUAUUUACUCAAUCUGCUGUGUUGAUUGAUGCUUACGUCAAUACACCUCCUACCAACCGUCAAUGUGUGUGGAGAAUACAUGGAAGACAGGAUCAGCAUGUUUUGAUCGAAUUUGGAGAAUUACCCCGUGGAUUAUAUUCUGGAUCGUACAAAGUUGAUGUGUAUAAUGAAUUUUCGAACAAUGGAUAUCGGAAUGAAAGUCGUGUCCUCAGUCUUAGCACUUUCACUUCUUCCUAUGUUAUCAAUUCCACACAAGUUACCAUAGCACUCGAUAUUGAAACUGUGUAUAGGACACCUGCCAUAUGGAUAAACGUUACUUUGGUGGGACAUGACCAUUGUAACUUUGUAUGUGACAAUCUAAUUUGUGUGAUGGACAAUUACGCUUGUGAUGGAAUAGUAGGAUGUCCAGAUGAAAGUGAUGAAUCUUUUUGCACAAGAAUUAGCAACGAACAUGGAAACAAGUUGUUGGAAAUUCGUCGAUUAAAUGAAGAUUUCUCGUUGUUGUGCGGAGAUGACGUCACAGUAGAUGUGGCAGAUGCUGUGUGUCAACAACUUGGUUAUUGGAGAGCAGAAACUCCUUUGCAAUUUACAAGCAUUCCCCAAUCAGCAGUCAACAGCAAUAUAUAUAGAUUAAUACAAAAUUCAACUUAUACUGCAAGUCAACCUUAUGUCCAUGCAAAUGUAUUUUUACCAAUGCAAGAUUUCCAACAAAACAGGUUGGAGAAUCAUGCUAAAAGUGCAGGCAGUUCAAUGUGCCCAAAUAGAAACUUAUGGGUUGCCAACUGUGAGUCGUACCAGUGUGGUGUCCGACCAACCACCCGUACUCAGCAACAAUCAUAUCGAGCCGUGCUUCGUUUGUUGGGUGGUCGAGAAUCUAGAAGAGCAGAAUUUCCAUGGCUAGUUUCGCUGCAGUCAGAUGGUGAUCACAUUUGUGGUGGUACCAUCAUUUCUGAUCGUCAUAUCCUCACUGCUGCUCACUGCUUCGACGAGCACGACCCGCUUGGGUUCAUGGUUGUCACUGGUGCUAAUGACUUGAGGCCACUUGAUUCUGAAGCUUUAUCCUAUCGAGUCCAUUCUGCACAGAUACAUAGAACCUAUGACCAAACAGCAUACAUACCAGAUUGGGACAUUGCGAUUUUGGAAGUAGAACGAAGAUUUCAAUUUUCUCAAUUUGCUUCAAGUGCCUGCUUGCCUGGGGAUAACAUUUGGUUUAGACCAGGCAAAAGAUGCCAUGUUGCUGGCUAUGGUAGACGCUCUGAAAAUGGGUUGGACCCUUACCUACAAUACAAUAUUGAAACACCAAUUCUCACACAUAACAUUUGCAACAAGGGAGGGUAUGAAGGUUCUAUUAGUGAAAGAAUGAUAUGUGCUGGUUAUCCUUCCACUGGGGGAACAGGUAUCUGUCAUGGUGACAGUGGUGGUCCCCUGCUGUGUGAAGCAAAUGAUAACAAGUGGUAUUUAGCUGGAGUGGUUAGUUGGAGUAUUGGGUGUGCAGAGAGAAAGAAGCCGGAUGUUUUCACUAAUGUUCAAUAUUUUAUGAAUUGGAUCAACCAACAUGCUAAUUUAAAUAUAUCGAUUCCAAGACAUGCAUUGCCAGGAACAUGUGGUGGGGUGUUCUUAACAUCAAGUGGUAACUUCGCCUCACCAGGAUGGCCUUCCACUUAUUUGUCAAAGUAUUUGAGAUGCAAUUAUCGAAUUCUUGGUGGACCUGGCCAAACUAUUCGUGUUGUCUUCAGUGUAUUUGCAACCGAAAGUAACUUUGACACUUUAACAAUCUACAAUGGUGGAAUAAAUAACUCAAACAUCAUUGCAAGAUUAUCUGGCACAAAUCUCCAAACAAUUACAUACACUGUUCAUAACAACAGCAUGGAGUUGGUGUUUAGAACAGAUGGUGGAAUAGUGGAUCAAGGGUUCUUUGCAACUUACACAAUCAGUGGCGUUCCCGUCAAUGUUACAGGAGAAAUACUCCCUGUUGAAAUACUACCAGCUAAUUUAUCAGCACGACACCCAAGUCUUCUUUUAGUGUAUGGAAUAUAUCAUCCAACAUCUCACAUAGUUGGACACAGACCUUCAUAUCUAAAGACCAUAUUAUUAGAUGAUGAUUCCACUGUUCAGUAUCAGUUGUAUUAUUAUGAAAAUCAAGGGCAAUGGCGACUUCUACAAUCUGACAACUUAUUUCAAACCCGAAGCCACCUUUAUGUUAAUGAUAGUUCCAUGGGGCCAGAAUUAAUCAGAACACCCUGGCAUCAAGUGAAUGGAUCCAUUUCCACAAGCAUUGAGUUCAAUAUAGUGCCAAGAGCAGCUGCAACAACUUCAUUGGAGCCACCCCCCAUUAUACGAGUGAUACAGCUGCCCACAACUCCCACUGCUAACUGUGUGGUUGAAAAAAGAAAUCUUCACGGUUAUAUCUCAAACAGUAUUAACUCAUCAAAUCAGCAAACCUGUGACAUACUCCUACAACCAAACACAAACUUUUCUGCCAACCCUACAGCAGGCAGUGCUUCCAGAUACUUUAUCCUUCUUGUCCAUUUCUUCUACUCAGAAACUGGCAACACUCUAAAGUUGCAUGGCAACACUGAUCGCCAAGCACUUUAUACUUUACAAGGAAGUUUGUCCAAUAAUACUGAACGUGAUGGAAUUUUGAGGUCAAUAUUGCAAAACAGUGGUUCUGGUGAUGGGGUUACAACGGGGUUUAAAAGCUCCAGCAAUUUAAGUUCUUCCCAGCUUUCUACAUAUCUCACUCAACAACAGCCAUGCUUAAAUUCUUUAUCUCGGUUUUCCACUGAUAGUUGCAGUAUGGAUAUUUACAACAUAUUUACUGCUAUAGGAUUGGAUCCUGUUAAUCAAUUGCUAGAAUGCAGUUUAUUGUUAAGGUGUUCUUCAGUCUCAUGGUGUGACAUGAGGAACAUGUUGAUGUCACUUAACACAACACGAACUACAUCAAAUUCUCUUAUCACCGCCAUUGGUAACUUUUGUGACAACCCCCUCUGGAUGCCAACUGUAACCACAGCAAACGAGCAUAGUGGCAGUGGGGAAAGUACUGAUGGUAGAAUUGGUCAACAGAUCAACACAUCAGCAAUAUCAUACACCAAACAUGUGAUCGUAUAUGAAGGAGAAAAUCUUCGAUUGGUUGUAUCAGGAAACACCUCACUUGUGCGUUAUUACAUUACUUACCAUGUUGUAUCUAAUUUAAGUGACUCUCCCUUCAACCUCAGCUUACAUAACACCACAUACCUUCACAACACAGCACCAAGUCGAUCAAAGCGAUCUUUGGUCCAACUUGUUCAACCAUUAUCAAUGGUGGGACAUUCUACACUACCAACUUGGCAAGCAAUACCAACCACAAGGAGAUUAACAAGCACAACUACUACAAAUUUGAACAGUGCAAUUGGUUCAAGCACCACUUUACCACUUACCACCACGAACCCCCGAACCACUACAACCACAACCCCACCACCAACUACUACAGAGCAGGUUGCAGCCUUCACGAAUGUGGCUUCUUCCUGUGGUGGGACAGCACAGCAGCUUGACCACAUCGGUGCUCGCUGGGUGAUCACGUCACCUAACUUUCCACAGAAUUAUCCGUUUAUGUCUCAGUGUGAAUGGAGAUUCACCACAAUUCCUGGAUACCAGGUUGUUCUGGAAUUUACUACACUUGACCUUGAGGGACAUGAGCAUUGUAGAUUUGAUUGGAUUAAGUUAUACAACACAACUAACACAACCAGCAACUCACCAAUCAUUGGUCUGUUUUGUAAGAAACCUGAAAUAAUGCAGUCCGUACUUAGACAAGUGUCUAACUCAAAUAUGAUGAAGAUUGUAUUCAACUCUGAUCACAUUAUUACCAAAAAAGGUUUUCGAGCUGUAAUGAGCAUUCGACGCAUAGAGCUUCCUAAUGAAGGGUUUAACAGCACCCCUCCUUUAUUUGCCUGCGACUUCAACAGUGACAGAUGUAACAUGACCGAUGAUACUUUGGAUACUGAAUUUAAUUGGUCUCGGAAUAAAUUAGGAACGGCAUCUGCAGAUACAGGACCUUACUAUGAUGACUCUCAUGAUGGAUUAGGUUAUUACAUGUACAUUGAAACCUCUACCCCACAAGAACGUGGCAAUCGUGCACGUCUCAUAACUCCGCUCAUCAGUGCAAGACCUGACCACCCUGUCUGUCUAAGAUUCUCGUAUGACAUGUUUGGUGAAACUAUCGGCAUGCUUAACAUAUAUGCAGCUAUUUCACUUACAAGGAAUAGCACUGGAGCAGUUGUGGAACCUGAUCGUACUGUGGCAGUCUCACACACUGAACCACUUGUACUACAGUAUGGGACAGGUGUAGGAACAAAUAAUGUGAAUGUGUCCACAUCUACACAAAGCCAAACAUUUCUGCUCUGGACAAAAUCUGGACAGCAGCGCCAGUCACAUGAUAGUCCUUGGUUGAAAACUGCAGUGACCUUUUUCCCAUUUAACUCGUUCCAGUUGAUAUUUGAGGGGAUUGUUGGACGAAACUUUCAAUCUGAUAUUGCUAUUGACAAUAUCUUUGUAACUGAAGAGAAUUGUGCUGAGACUUGCAACAUAACCACCGGUCAUUACCAGUGUUUGCCACCACCUAAUCAAAGUCAAGGUGAAUGUAUUUUACAUGAGAUGGUGUGUGAUGGGAAAAGAGAUUGUUUGAGUGGUUCAGAUGAGACUUCAUGUUUGUCAACAGUUCGACAUCUAUGCAGCGCUGAACCUGCCUUGAUUAGUAACACUACCAAACAUAGAGUUUGCAACAAUGUUGAUUUGUGUGGGUUACGUUCUCUUGCUUUCACACGUAUUGAUGACAUUAUAUGCGAUGGUGUGUACGACUGCUUCUCUGGAAUUGAUGAAUCAAUGUGUCCACAACAAGACCUGAAUUCAAGAAAUGUGAUUUCUGAAGCAGACACAGAUUGUGGGCACCAUGAUCAUGUAGUGGAAGAUGUUGUACCACCGUUUCCUAAUGUAUCUGAACCUGGGAAAUGGCCAUGGCUUUCUGGUUUAUAUGUUAAAAGUCCUUCACAAAAAACUGGACCUGUGUCACCAGGGUAUACAUUCCUAUGCAGUGUAGUGUUUAUAAGGCAAAGUUGGGCUGUGGUACCAGCACAUUGUCUUCUUAAUCCUUUACUAUAUGACACAUAUGAUGCUCCAACCACGGAUCCCACACCUGUGGAAAAUGCGACCGAAAUAUUUACUUUGGCAGAAUUUGAUCAACCUGUUGAAGUUGAUAUCGUAGUGGAAGAAUCGGAGUCUGAAACCGACUUUAAAUACGUCGUCAUUGCUCCUCUGGCAUCCGGUGAAAGUCCGCAUCCUGGUAGGGAUGCUUGGAAAGUUUCCAAGUGGAUUAUUCAUCCCUUAUAUGGUAAGGAGGUCACACGGAAUAAUUCGGAUGCAUCGAGUACAACUGCUGCUCCGGAUGUGGAUGCAGGACUUCAUGGUGAUGCUUCAAGAGUGAAUUACGACAUCGCUUUGCUUAAGUUAGAACCUGAUGUUGGAAUUACAUCUGAAACUACGGAAGACAAUGAUGUUUAUUCUGAUAUAUUGAACCCUCCUGUUGGAGUGGACCAGUAUGUGGCUUAUGACAGCAACAUGGGGAGUUCUAACAUAUCAAUGACAACCCCAUUGAUGCCAGUGUGUUUGGAAACAGAUAGAACUCCUUCAACUUCUACCAGAGUUCGACCUUCAGUACACAGUGGUGUUUUUAAAUUACCUCCUGAAUCUGAGAGGUUUUCACCAGAUUUCUCAUCCUUUCUUAACACCCCUGCUGAAACAGGUCUUCCCACAAAAGCGAAAUGUUAUUUAGUUGGUCAUUCACCUUCUCCUAUGCAUAGUACGGAUGACAACUCAACGGACAGCCAUUUAGUUUGGAGGUUACGUCACUUCCAGUCGUUUGUGACCACUGCUGAAACAACUUCAGCUUAUAUAUUCUGCAUCACGCGUGGAACUUCAACUGAAAGAAGAAUUUGUGAAGACCAACUUAUUCAUGGUGUUACAUCGGGUGAAACCUCUAACACAUCCACUCGUUUAAAUCCACUGGUUCGAAGUGGAUAUCAAGGGAUUAGAACGGGAGCGUUUCUGAAUGACCAGGGUCUUGCACUUUUCUGUCAACGUCAUGAUGGAAGUUGGUUUUUAAAUGGAAUGUAUAACUGGAUUAAUUUGCAAAGAAACUUCAUGAAACCGGACUUCCGAAUGGCAAUUAACACCGGUCUAUUGGUCAGUCAAGUUAAUGCUAAAGUAGGAGUUUCACUUGGAACAGAUUAUUUCACAUUACUCACACCUACGUUGAAUGAAUGGAUUGAAAACACACUUGGUGAUGCUUGCCCUGGUGAGUUUUCAUGUUAUCCACCUGACUCCAUGUUACAUCUUUGCCAUCCACUUGAACGUGUAUGUGAUGGUAUCAUUGACUGUGCCAUGAACUCGGCAGACGAGCAAGGGUGUCCAUCUGGUUGCUUAUACGAUCCAAAUUUGGAUCCUUACUACAAUUACUAUAACGGGCUCCGUAACUCGAAUAUUUCUGUACCAACUGAUGUUUACAACAACUUUGGUGGAAACUCAAGUUCAGUAUUUGACGACCCAAGCCACGGUUGGAUGAACGCGACAUCACAUGACCGUCAUGUCAUCCGAUUUAACCAACUUGAUAACACCAAGGUUAAGUCAUGCCACUGGAUCAUAAAAGCCCCUGUUGGAAAAGUUGCAGUUCUUGUAAUUCCCAAAAUGAAUUCAAAUCCCGAACAUGGAGGUGGAACAAUCCAUGUUAUUUCUGGCAACAAGAAAAUUCAAAAUGUUUGGUCAAGUGGACCAAAUUACUUCACCAGCAAACCUAGUCAAUCUGUAACAUUCAUGAUGUCACCUUUGCAAGGGAAACAGUAUUUGUCAAGAAUCAGAACCCAUCAGUUUGAAUAUUACAUUGAAGAUAUUGGAGUUUGUAGCAAUCAACACAGAUGUGGAGAUGGAAAGUGUGUUUCUUAUCAUAAACUAUGUAAUGGAGAUUUUGACUGCACUGACUUAUCUGAUGAAAUCAACUGUCCAUCAGGUUGUGGAGACCAAAGCGUCCGUAUUGGUUCCACCCAAGGUCAUAUUUCAAGUCGCAAUUACCCAUAUCCGUAUAAAGGUAGCGGUGAUUGCUUGUGGAUAAUUAUGACAAGGAGCUCACCUGGUGGGGCAAGUCUUGGGAACCAAAUCACGCUACAGUUUAAAGACUUUAGGACUUCAUAUCAUGAAAUUAUCUUUAUUUUUGACGGGGUUGGCAGAAAUAAGAAAAUAAACGGUAUUUUUGGUGGUAACCACUCCCCGUUUAACGUUACGAUUGCCUCAAGUCAAGUUACGGUGAUGUUACGGAGCAACGACGGUAUUGCAGAGCGAAGAAUUAACGCCAUGUUUCAUAUUACAACGUCCUCGCUGAUAAAUUAAAGCGGCUUUUAUAUAUAUCAUGUUUUAAUAUUUGUCCUCAUUUAUUAAACGUAACACGAUUAAAACACUGCUAGUGUAAA